AUGGAGUUCGUGAGGUUGAUAACCGUCAUUAUAUUCAUGACUGUCUCACAAAUAGAUGGAACAUUUUUGUCYGGUAAAGMAACUGUACAAGUUCAUCCCGUCAUCGAGUUCAAUUGUCAGCGGUUCAACUUCACCCCACCCUUCYCCACCAAGUCAAUAAACAUCCAACUAUCCAUACACGAAAAUGAGCCUGCUAACACCUACGAGRCAGCGGUAUCCUGGGUUGAGCAGAUUAGUCACAGCGGUUUCACUGGUUGCGUGGCAACKUCAGGGCCGAUCMUUUCAUCGCGACGGGUUGAUCUUCAGUGGAUUGCAUUCGAUGUUGUCCCRCCGCGAUGCAUUGCGGGAAUCCAGUCGGUAUCGCUAUGGACGACGGGAACGAAAUGCGUCUCUGUGGUAACGUCUGGAGGGUCAUUCUCCAAAGUACCAUCCAUCUWCCUCACUCCAGUCCACUCAACCACUCACUACUACUAUGACGCCACAGCGGCCUGGGUCGAGGAMCYUACMAUAUUUGAAUUCAAAAUCUGUUUGAGGGAAUUGAAGAACUUUGAUGGAAUGCACCGUAACAUACGUGUGGACUGGCUGGCAAUGGAAGACAUACCACAGGACUGGAAGCCGAGGAUGCCAUAUCAAAAUCACUUGAUGCUGCCCAAUGUCGAUGCUCUCACMGAGAAACAGCACUACAGCUUCUGUAAGGUAUUGAACUUCACGCAUCCAUUCUACGCCCCACCARUCAUGAUCACCACAUCAAGUCACGUGUCAAUCAAGGGCAACCCUAAAACGGUGUAUCCAGAGAACAAUGCAAUCACGGAAUGGUUGGAGGAUAUUAAGGUCUAUGGAUUCAAGGUUUGCAUGAAAGACAUUCAACCUUACAACGAACACCACGACCCAGUGACAAUCAACUACAUGACUGUUGGAGAUCUUCAUCCGUGCAUCAACGUGCAUUGUAAUUUCUACGCGUACUGCAAGGCUUUUGGACCUAAAGAUGCGCGCUGUGUUUGCCAGAAGUCUUGUCCAACGUACGAAGAUCUUGUUUGUGGGGAUAACGGUCAGACAUACCAGAACAAGUGCUUUUAUGAACUGUUUGUCUGUCAGAAUCGAGUUGACGUGAAAAUAUUACGAAAAGGCAGUUGUCUUCCUUUUGUCAUUCAUCGUGGACGUGUAACUAUCCAACUUGAAACGACUGAUGUCCUGUGUAAAACCAUUGAGUUUUUCCCUAAAGAUUUCCAGACAUCACGCCGUGUUCACGURCAAACGUCAAUCAAUUACUUUAACCUGACGUCAGACUUUGUACACGAUGCCGCGGUAACCUGGACCGAGAAUAUAAACUCUACKUCAUUUAGUGUCUGCGCGCUUAAGGCUGGAAGGGGWGACCGSCCUACACCUGACCGUGGGCUCACAUUUGUGGACUACAUUGCGUAUCAAGGUGCGCCUAGAGAAUCGGUUGCUGGAGAAGAGGAGAUUUCUGAUUGGUGGGAUGGAACGACAUGCAAAAAGAUUGACUUUCCACAGGACAAUUUUAACACAACUCCAAAUGUUCUUGUAACCGCUGARCACAUGGCUACUGGGAUGAAACACGAUGCCGCCACCAUAUGGAUUGAGGACCUGACAAUGACGUCAUUUCACAUCUGUCUUCGUGAGUUGCAGAAUUUUGACGGSCUUCACAAAGACAUCCGUGUGGUAAGCGCAUGCGCAGUAGUAAAUUAUUGA